GGCGGGCCGCCGCCGGCGCAGCGGGCCGGGUAGGUCUGUGGGCCGGGCGGGCCUCUCGGCGCACCAUCUGGGAAGGCCGGGUCUGCGAGCCCGGCGCGCCCUUCUCCGUAGCUUCGGGAAGAGCCCGGCUCCGCGGCCCGGUAUGGCGGGCGGGCGCCGCGGCCCGCUGUUCGCGGCGCUCCUGGCCGCCUGGAUCGUGGCGGUGGCGGAGGCGGAGGCCGACCUGGAGCAGGCCGCGCGGCCGCCGGAGCGGAGCCUGGUGCGGCCCAUGACAGCUUCCAACUGGACGCUGGUGAUGGAGGGCGAAUGGAUGCUGAAAUUUUAUGCCCCUUGGUGUCCAUCCUGUCAGCAGACUGAUUCAGAAUGGGAGACAUUUGCAAAGAAUGGUGAAAUACUUCAGAUCAGUGUGGGGAAAGUAGAUGUCAUUCAAGAACCAGGUUUGAGUGGCCGCUUCUUUGUCACUACCCUCCCAGCAUUUUUCCAUGCAAAAGAUGGGAUAUUCCGCCGUUACCGUGGCCCAGGAGUCUACGAAGACUUGCAGAACUAUAUCUUAGAGAAGAAGUGGCAAUCUGUUGAGCCUCUGACUGGCUGGAAAUCCCCAGCUUCUCUAACGAUGUCUGGAAUGGCUGGUCUUUUUAGCAUCUCUGGCAAGAUAUGGCAUCUUCACAACUAUUUCACAGUGACCCUUGGAGUUCCUGCUUGGUGUUCUUACUUCUUCUUUGUGAUAGCCACCUUGAUUUUUGGCCUUCUCAUGGGUCUGGUCUUGGUAGUAAUAUCUGAAUGUUUCUACUUGCCACUUCCAAGGAAUUUAUCUGAACAUUCUGAGCAGAAUCUCAGGUCAGAGGAGGUUCAUUUAACUGAACAGUUGCAGGAUGUAGAGGAGGAAAAGGAUGAUUCAAAUGAAGAAGAGAACAAGGACAGCCUUGUAGAUGACGAGGAUGAGAAAGAGGACCUUGGUUAUGAGGAGGAAGCAGAGGAGGAAGAGGAGGACGGCCCGGCUGCUGGCGGGGACGAGGAGAAGAGUGAUGCCCGGGACCCGGAGCCCCCGAGGGAGGCCCGGGAGGACGAGGGGUCCAGUGAGGUUGGAGAUGACAGCCUGGAGCAGCCCCUCCCGGCUGGCACAGAGGCGCUGGGAGACUCAUUGAGACAGCGCAGAAGUCAGCAUGCUGACAAGGGACCGUCAGCCUGAGACUGGAAUACAGACCAAAAGAAUAUGUUAACUUCCCCUUUUGUCUGCAGUUUAAACCAAAUUCUUAUUUUCUUUUUGAAUGAGCAAGCUUCUCUUAAACAAUAAUCCUUAGCCAUUUAGUCUCAUGGCAUUAAGCCUCGUGUAUAUUAGGGAGAAUCUUUCAGGCAUGACAAUCAGGAUACAGAAAAGUAAACGUGGUGCUGGGGUCUGUUUGGGGCCGGGGGUGAGCACACGUUUACUCGGGGCUACAGAGCUCUGACCAGAGAACGCGGUCCCCAGCGUCAGGAGCACUGUCACGGGCACAGACAGGGCUGCAGGCCCUUACCGUGAGAGCAGGGCAAGCUGAGCACCCUGAGUGUAGCAGCCAUCUUGGUUCCUCUUGUUUGAGUAUUGAUUUUUGUCAAACUGUAAGAAACAUCAGGCCAUCAGGCACCAUAUAAAGGGGUACUUUUUAGAGAUAGAAGUUGAGAGGGCCUUGGAGAUUAUUGUAGAAAAAAGCUUGGAAAUGUUUCUAACUCUGAACCUCCCUUCUUGUGUUUUAUUUCUUACCUUUAACAUUUCCAGUUUUCCCACCGUGGGCCUGUGGGCUCCCCACCCUCUGAACAAUACUUCUUCAGUGAGAGGACUCGGGCAGCAGUCAGCUCAAUAUUAGCUGUAUUUAUUUUGCCUUAAGGGUUUAGAUAAUCAAGCAGUACAGCCCAUGAAGCCAUGACUGCCAACCAUCUCAAACAAAAUGUUGUAACCUUCAGAGAUUCAAAAUGAAGUAGCAGUUUUACAGGAGAGAUUUUGGUUGUUUUUAGCCAAAAUGUGGUCUUUUUAAAUUUUUUUCCAAAAGCUCCUUUAGCAAUAUUCUUUGAAGCCAGAAAUCUCCUAUGUCUUGCCAGUACAAGGUAAUCUUAUGAUGAAACCUUGAAUACUGUGUUGUUUUGUUUCCAUUUCAAGGGCUUCCCUGGCUCUUGAACCAGUUUAAUAAUAACUGAAAAAACAUUUCUGAUUUUACUUCACUGAUAUGCUUUUGAUGAAAGAACUAAUGAAAUUGUGUAUCUGAAAAUGAAAGGUUUGAUUUCGUUUCCUUCUUCCUUAAUCUUGUAAAGAAUUUUAUUUCUAUACAUCUCAAUAUUUAGUCUGCUAAAAGUACCCAGGGGGCCCAAUGUCCUUUAGAAAAUCCAUCCAUCUAUCUGAUUUAUGCCUUAGAAUAAAUUCAUAAUAUUAGAUUCCAAGCUUAUGAAAGGUGUCUAAAGUUUAUUGUACACCCCUUGAGUCCAGAUGGAAUAAUAAGUAGUACAGGUUUAUGGAAUUAAAAAAGCUUCUGUCAUUUUUUUCUUUUUAAUUUAUUUUUUAUUGAAGGAUAAUUGCUUUACAGAAAUUUGUUGUUUUCUAUCAAACCUCAACAUGAAUCAGCCAUGGGUAUACAUAUAUCCCCUCUCUUUUGAACCUCCCUCCCAUCUCCCUGCCCAUCCUACCCCUCUAGGUUGAUUCAGAGCCCCUGUUUGAGUUUCCUGAGCUAGUUUACAUAUGGUAAUGUAAGUCUCCAUGUUACUCUGUAAUCUUUAAGAAGAAAUAUGCAGUACACUCCUAUCUGCUGUUUAGAUAACCCUUACCUUGUAUUAACUUUGAACAUGGGCUUACUGGAGGAGGGGGAGGUUCUGAAACUCUGCCCUGAUGUGGAUGAAUGAGCCUAUUGCAAGCCUCACACAAAGGGAGUUUUUAUUCUGACAGAAUACAGUUUUUAGAGUUGGUUAUUUUUCAUCUUUCCCACUUAGUCACCUGAUAGUCUCAUCCCCCAGUGUGAUGACAUUAAGAGUUGCCGAUAAUUUUUGUCUUUAGACAGCAACACAAUCUCAAGUUUGAGGCCAUCACAGAACUGACAGGCUGGGAAAACCUUGACUUGUGCUUACUUCUUGCCUGACCACCAUUUGGGGCUCUGACACCUCAUCCAAAGCCCCAGUUCCAAUGGUACCUCCAGGGAGGCAGCUCCAUCUCCCUGAUACCAGGAAGCCUUUCUGGAGCAGAGACAAGCUGAACCUGCCCUCCUGGCACUGGAUUCUGUUUCUUUUCUAAUCAGCUGAAACAAAAUUUUCAAAGAUAAUUGAAUUCAAGUUCAAUAGUAUGGAAUAAGAAAGGCUUCAUAGUUUGGCUUUUCUGUUUGAUACUUCCCCCCAACCCCCCGCCCCCAUAUUGAAAUAAUUCUUUUUCUGUCAGUGAAGUAUUUUACUAAAGGGGAUGGAAUGAAGAAAUAAAAUCUACUUUGGCUUUUUAUAAAUGUAAGGCCAAUUUCCAGUUAGACUUCUGAUAGUAUUUAAUUAUAUAAUAAGAAAAAUGUAUUUUCUUUCUGAACAAUACUUAAAAAAAAUAGAGGAAGAGGAGAAAACAGUUUGGAGAUGUGGAUUCAUUAAAAGUUGAAGUAUUUGCUAUGGGGACUGUUUUUACAUUUUUUGUUUUUGUUUUUUUAAUAUUCUGAUGAGAGAUGUACACAAUCGAAUUGAAUUUCCUUCUACUUGCAACUUUUAGGUUCAUUUUAAGUUCUUCCUGAAUAUAAAACUAAAGGAAAAUAUCAACCCCAAAUAAUUUAAAAUUAGAUUAACAUUUCAAUAGGAAUUGAUAGAUUUUUCCUGUAGGUAAUAAGUAGUCCUUAAUCCAGAAGUCAAGUGCAUAGAAAUAUGAUUUUUAUUCAAAAAAUAAAUUAUCAUACCUCCCUGUAUUGCAAUAUCAGUUACUUAGUUAUAGAGUAUCAAAGUUAGGUAAAUUAAAUGAACUGUUCAUUUGGGAAUGGGUGCAGUGCCUUCUGUGUGAGAAGUGAGAGUAGAAUGCCUGUUCACUGGUUAGAGGGAAAGUUUGAAACCUCCAGUUACUGUUUCCUUGAUUUCUUCCUUUUAUUAUUUAUCUCUUGGCGAACAACCCCAGCUUGCUUAGAGUUCUCAUUCUGAAGCAACAUAUAGGCAGUCUACUUCUUUCUUUCCCAUUAAACUGUAAGUGUGAAUGGAUGAGAAGCUGGUUCAUUCAACUCACAUGGCUUGAACCCAUGAGUACAAACCCGCCGCUUUAUCUUGGCACAAGAUCCCAGUUAGCCACAAGCCUCUCUGAUUACAAGAAGAAAUCCAAAAUUACUACUGUGAUAAAAAGCAAGCAAGCUUUGGUCAGGCUGACUCUGAUGGUGGAGAAUGCCAAAUUUUGACUCUUAUGGCCCAAAUCCUUGUUGAUAGCUGUGGUAUUUCUAUAAGAUUUGUGUAUGUGUGAUUUGGGUAGAUGAUAGAAGUGUUUUUUAAGGCAAGUACUUGGCAUGUGACUUAUUACCAAGUCCUUUAAGAGUGGAGCCUGAUUUACAGAAUGAGAAACAUUAAAGAGUCCAAAGAAGAGUUGAAAUGAUAAGACGUACCUGAGCUUUUAGCCUAAAACCUUAAAUUGGCAUGAAGUAAGAAAAGGAAGGGAAGACUGGUGCUUUUUUUAAUGUGUAUCAGUAGUUUCAUUAUGUCCUUUAUCUCAGUGUUAAAGUAUUAUUUCUGCCAGUCUUAUAAAUGUGUGGUUCACCCAUCCUUUCAAAUAAUAACAUUUGGGAAAAUGGUGAUGUAAAUCUUCUGUGCCAAUAGAAAAGUUCCUUCUUGUUCAGUAUCUGUUUCUAUCAGUCUACAUUAUGAUCCCCUUUAGAAGAUUAUAGCUUAUCUUGAAAACCAAAAGUGGAGUCAAGUCAGAUCGAUCUGGAUGGGGCAGCUUUUUGAGCAUCUUUCCUGAGCCAGGAGGUUUGCUUGAAAGGCCUUUGAUAGUUUCAGAUCAGGACACAUGGCCUUCAGAUGGCUUAUUCUCAGUGAAGCUUCUUGUGAACUGUGAUAUUGUAUAUAUGUGACUCAAACAACUUUAACAUGUUUCUGGUGUAUUUUAAUCAUAAUUGUUACUAAACAGUGCAAAUGUAGCUUCUUCAUGCAAAUGUAGCUUUAUACUAAAAAUACUAUUUAUUUGUAUUGCAAUCCAUUAUAAAUUUGUUAUUUAUA